GCACCCCUGAACCACUAAAUCCGCUGUUUGGUCAAAUUGAUCAAUAGCCUACGGCGGGUGAAUGCGGGGUUCCACUUCAACUACACUACCUAAGACUAUCAGCUUAUCGGACAAAAGUGUUGACUUUCUAAGCUGUAUUAUAUCAACUCUUUUUAUCGUUGCCGCAAACCGCAAAACCACAAACCUUCAAGAGAGGGCACAAUACAUAUACCACCACCGCAUCUUACAAAGACUGAGUGUCCAAAUCGCCCAAGAUGGUGCUCAUCAUGGGUGUCAACUUCCACGGGAGGAAGUUCGUCAAGAAAGCCCUAGAGACAUUCUACGGCCUCGGACCUCAGCUAUCCUCCCGCAUCAUGGCCAAGUACACGAUCCACCCGCAAGCCCGCUGCGAGUCCGUCGCCCCCAAAGUAAUCACGGCCCUGACCACCGAGCUGUCCACGAUGACGAUAGAAAACGACGCGCGGCGCAUAGUGCAGGACAACAUCAAGCGGCUGCGAGACAUGGGCUCGUACCGAGGACGAAGACAUGCUAUGGGUCUGCCGGUGCGCGGACAGCGGACGAGGAACCAGAUCAUCACGGCUAGGAAGUUCAACUGUCUGGAGAGAGGAGGAACUCAGUCUAAGAUUUAAGGCCGUGCCGCCCUUUAAAAUGAAUCGCAUAGUGGUGGAACUAUUCUUGAUCUCGAGAUCCAGGCUACUACAAUCAUGGAGGCAGCUACAGAGAAAGCCCCUAGAAUAGAGGUCUAUAAUAUACUCCAAGCUACCUACCUAGGUACCUACUGUAAAGGCGGCAAGAAGGAGAGGGGCCUCUUGCUUGCAUAUCAGACUUGGGACAUUAUUCCCUCGCAUAUUCGAGUGUAUAAACACUACAUUCUCAUGAAAUCGACUA